UUAAUUUUUUUUUAAAUGUUUCAACAGAAAAAAAAAUUAAUGUUAUGUAACUUGCCGAACGUUAUUUCGACUAAUAUAUUAUCCACUUUGGGCCUACACCCUCACGCUUUUUGCCUUGUACUGCAUAUCAAUGUGGUUUCCCGUAAGGUCACUCAUACUUGAAGUGCUCCACUGUGAUCAAGUUUAACUUCAGAGUUCUUACAAGAACGCCAUUUCACUCAAAAACUAGUCUUGUCAAUUAAGGUCGGUUUCCUACCUUAUAAACCAUGGAUCACUCCGAUGAUUUGUCGACGUGGAAUUCCGAUGAUUUGUCGACGUGGAAUUCGCCUAUUGUGUCUAUCUAAAUGAAAAGAAAAAAAGUCGGCCCGAUCUGCGGAGCCAAUUAGAAACCCAAAAAUCAAUGCUUGUGAAGUGUGCGUGUCUGUAGAGAAGCCCUUCAACGAUGGGCCGGUCCAAAGAUUUUGUAUCUGAGCUUGGGCCUGAAACAGCCGCGAAACUGGCUCACCUUCCCCGACCUUUCCUCCCAGGCUCAGAAGCACAAAACCUACACAAGCCGCCGGCCCGUCCGCUCUCCCGCCACCGGAUCAUCGUCGCCUCCUCCUCCGCCACUCUCUCUUCCUCUCAUCAUCAUCCCCUGCCGGCCGAAUCCAGCCAUUUCGCCUCCGCCGCCAAUUCUCUCCGGUUGUCGCACCAAAGACGCUUUCCUUGUGGUCCCAAGCUUCAGGUAGGUAGUAAGCCCUUCUCCUCCCAUCCAACUUUUUUUUCCGGCAUCGAGCACUCCCCGGCUUGAAAAGUAGUGCGGUUGAUAGUUGAUUAGAUGUAACUUACACCGAAAUGGCUGAUGGAUUCCUAGAAUUUGUUUCGAUGAUGGUAUUGCAGCAAAAGCUUGUAACGCCGAACAAACCCCUAAACCCUAGCUCAGUUGGCCAUCUUAGGAUCGGGAAUUAUCUUUUUACCGUGCUCUUUGAUCUCAUUUGAUAUGAAUUUUCAUCACGCAGAGACGAGUAAGAGGGGAGGAAGUGAGAAAGAAAAUUCAAAAUGGUGGUCAGGCUCAGAUUGUCGAGGUUUGGCUGCAAGAACAAGCCAUUCUAUCGAGUGAUGGCUGCCGACAGCAGAUCCCCUAGAGAUGGCAAACAUCUUGAAGUACUGGGAUACUACAAUCCUUUGCCAGGACAAGAUGGUGGCAAAAGAAUGGGUCUUAAUUUUGAGCGAGUUAAGUACUGGUUGUCAGUUGGUGCUCAAGCCUCGGACCCUGUCCAGCGGAUUCUGUUCAGAGCAGGGGUUCUCCCUCCGCCACCAAUGUUGGCAAUGGGUCGCAAAGGUGGGCCACGUGACACCCGUCCAGUCGAUCCCCUCACCGGACGAGUAUUGAACACUGAGAAGCCGCCAACAACCCAAUCAACAUCCGAUGAUGCAGCUGGAGCUUCAACUUCAUGAAAACUCAUAUCUCAGGAAGCCACCGCCCACCAGUUUCAAGUCUUAUGUUUCUCUGAUCAUCCACUGCAACGUGAGAUUAGGAUCAAUGGCUUUUAAAGAGCAACGUGACUUAGUAGAAGCGCGUAGUAGCGCACAAUGGCUUUUAAAGAGCAACGUGAGAUUAGGAUCAUGUUCUUUUGUUCAAAAUUAUGGUUUUCAAAACCCUAGAACAGCAACUUGAAAGCAGGAAUAGGUGGAAAAUGGUAAUAUCUGAAUCUUUUCUCAGUCGAUGUAAUUUCAGUAACUCGAUAUGGGUUUAUAGUUGAUACUUUACGAAGUAUACUAGGGUGCUAUGAUAGUAUGAUUAAAUGUUUGUACGCAGAGGAGCGCACCAUAAAUUUUUACGGUACCUUUGUUCUUUGAAAAGCAAAAUAACCGGGAUUUAUUUUAGAAAGCUGGAUUUGGGGAGGGUUUGCCUCGGCAUACUUUUUCUUUGUUUCUCAAACGUCUGUUGGGUUUGAUCCAUCAACCGUCAGUGGUUAUGGCUUUUGUUGCCAUCCUUUGAAGGAUCUGGCGAUCUCGAAAUUGGGUAGUCUUUGAAGGCAAACAAUUUGGGAUCUCGACACUCAUGCGAUAGUUUAACCAACAGUAUGAGGAAUGGGUGGGUCUACCAGCUAGGGGUGGCUUUUUGGACCGGGACCGGAUUAAAAACCGGAAACCGGACCGUAUAACCUGGACCGAGACCGAACCGGGACCGAUUAGCAAACAAUCCAAUCCAAUCUUUGGGCUUAAAUUUGAGGUAAAAAACCGGAUAAAGAACGGAUAAGAGAGCUCAACACCCAAAACUUAAGGGUAAUUUGCAUAAACGGUCACAAACCUUUGCACUUAGUACAAAACUUAACCAACUCCUCACCCUUUAAGGCCUUAAGCCACUCAAAUCCCACAAUAUCAAUGUAAAAUCAAGACCGAAUUGGGACCGGACCGGAUCAAAACCGGACCGGAUCAAGACCGGACUGUAUCCAAUCCAAUCUUCGGUCCUUAUAUUUUCAAAAAGACCGGACUGGACCGGAUCCAUUUGGGCCAAUUUAACCGGACCGGACCGUUUAGCCACCCCUACUACCAGCGAAUCAGGCGCCUAGGGCACAGAUUCCGAUAAUACAAUCUACAGUGCAAGUGGGUGAUCCUCAUUUGGUUUGCAUGUGGGGAGCUACUAAGGGUGGGUCACAUUCGACUGGUGGGAUGGUUCUUUUUGACCCAUAGCGGACACUCCUUAUGGCUAGAGGGGUCCAGUUUUCUCAAAUUGAUGAUCCUGUAGUGGUGGAAUUGCUUGUGCUUAGGGAUGCUAUUAUUUGGUGUGUGGAGCAAGUUUGUCGGAGGUCCGAUUUGAGGGAGAUGCAAAGGUGAUUAUUGACAAAAUUAAUCAAGCCGACACGAGAGAUAGCCGGUUGGGUGCUCUUCUGGAAGAGAUUGCUCAUUAUUUUCGUACUCAGCCUGGCUUUAGUGUGUGUUUUGUAGGUCGGGAGAACAAUAGGGUAGCUCAUUUGGUAGCUAGGAAAGCCCUCUCUUUGUAUCCGACUAUGAGUCGCUUCUUUGAUUUCCAGACCUGGCUGGUUUCCAGAAUGUAACUGUCUAUUUUUUCGAUCAAUACAUGAUAUCUUUUGACAAAAAAAAAUCAUUCUUUAUGGAAAAAUGAAUGUUAUUUCUGGCAACUCUAUGGAUCUUGCCACUUCUUUUGUUAUUUCUGGCAACUCUAUGGAAAAAAUGAAUGUUAAAUGAAUUUUAUAGUUCAUACAUAGAGAAUUAAAUAUUGGGGUUCACA